CAAUAGGUAAAAGUAGGAACUUGCCCCCCAUGGUUCCUUUGGUUUAUUACUCACUCCUUUUUCUUGCUUCCAUUUUCACAUUCAAAUUUCUUCUACGAAGAAGAAGGCUCGAAAACCUUCCACCACAUCCACCAACUCUUCCCAUAAUCGGCAACCUCCACCUUAUCAAGCCACCGCUUCACCGCUCCCUCCUCAGCCUAUCGCAACAGUAUGGCCCCAUCUUCUCUCUCUGGUUCGGUUCACGCUUUGUGGUCGUCAUCACCUCCCCAACCUUGGUUCAAGAAUGUUUCACCAAAUACGACACCGUUCUCGCCAACCGGCCACGGUUUCUCACGGGCAAGUACCUCUUCUACAACUACACCAGCAUGGGCUCCUCCUCCUACGGCGACCACUGGCGCAACCUUCGCCGCAUCAUCACCAUCGAUGUCCUCUCCACGCAGCGUCUCAACUCCUUCUUUGAAGUCCGAAGGGAAGAAACCAUGAGGGUCGUACAAAAGCUUGUUCGGGAAACGAGCAAGGGCUUCGCCCUUGUGCAGAUCAGACCCAGGCUGACGGAGAUGACAUUCAACAACAUGAUGAGAAUGAUAUCUGGGAAGCGGUACUACGGUGACGACGGUGACGUGACGGACGCGGAGGAAGCGAAGCAGUUCAGAGCCAUAAUCACGGAGGUUAUGUCGUUGCUGGGUGCAAACAACAAGGGAGACUUCUUGCCUAUGCUUCGAUGGUUUGAUUUCGACAGUUUGGAGAAGAGACUGAAGUCGAUCAGCACCAGGGCUGAUGCGUUCUUGCAGGGACUCCUUGAAGAGCAUCGCAGUGGAAAACACAAAACCAAUACCAUGAUAGAACAUCUCUUGACCAUGCAAGAAACGCAGCCGGAGUACUACUCCGAUCAUAUUAUCAAAGGCCUUAUUCAGGGUAUGCUUCUGGCUGGAACUGACACAACAGCAGUGACUAUGGAGUGGGCAAUGGCAUCUCUAUUGAAUCAUCCAGAGAUAUUGAAGAAAGCACAGGAUGAAAUAGACAACUGCGUUGGACAAGAUCGCUUGGUAGAUGAGUCAGACAUUCCCAAUCUUCCUUAUCUUCAAAACAUUAUCUACGAGACACUUAGAUUGUUUUCUCCAGCUCCAAUGCUAUUGCCUCAUUAUUCUUCAGAGCAGUGCACUCUUGGGGGCUUCACUGUUCCACGAGACACCAUAGUGUUGAUCAAUGCAUGGGCCAUUCAGAGAGACCCUCAGACUUGGAGUGAUGCGACAUGCUUCAAGCCCGAGAGAUUUGGACAAGAAGGGGAAGCAAACAAGUUAAUUCCAUUCGGAUUGGGAAGAAGGGCUUGUCCCGGAAUAGGUUUGGCGCAUCGUUCUAUGGGCUUAACUUUGGGAUUACUGAUUCAGUGCUUUGAAUGGAAACGACCAAGUGAUGAAGAAAUCGAUAUGAGAGAGAAUAAAGGGGUGGCAAUGCCAAAGCUAAUUCCAUUGGAAGCUAUGUGUAAAGCACGACCAAUAAGCCAGAAAGUUAUGCAGCAACUUGGUACUUAAAUCUCCAAUCAAUCAUGCGUAAUUGCAGACUAAUGAAGGUUUAGUAUCUUCAGCUACAUGGCCGUGAGACAGAUCCAAGAGGGUUUAGUAUCAUCUU